AUGGCCGCUACUAGCGCCUUGAUGGCCACUGCCAUUUCCAACCUUUGUCUUACGAUUGCAGCAAGUUUUGCUGCGCAGGUGAACACUGACGGGGCCAUGGCUUUUGGUAAGAAGAUCCUGGAGACUAUCAUCCCCGGCUAUUUCUUCAUGACUUGCGUGAUCUUGGCCAUCUCAAGCUGGAUUGCCAGUAUGACGACAUCCAAAAUCACUAUCAUCAUGUCUUUCUUCGUCAAUCUUAUCAUCAUAGCUAUCCUAGUCAUCUUAACUACCGUGAGCUUGGCUACACUGUUAGCCAUUAUGAUGGCGGUCAUUGACGCCCUUUUCAUGUCCAAAGAUUUAGCCAAACCAGCUCCUUUAUCAGUCAUUAUGAACACCUUAAUUAUUCUUUUCAUUACCGUCACAAUGGAGGCCCUGAACACAUCCCUCUUUACUUCUCUUCUGGCCGAUGUUUCUGUCGUGGCCAUUCAAGUUACCUUAGCUACUCUAGUGUUCGCUGUUAUUUUCGGCACCAUGAAAGCCAUUUCUGGAAUCGUCACUAUGUCCAGAUACGAAUCUACUCUCCUAGUCAUUGCAGCCAGCUUGAAUAUCCUGGGGAUUACUAUUGUCUCCGCCCGCGUUCCUAUCCCAGCCCGUGGUCUGAUAAAGACCAUCGCUCUGUCCCUGACAAUCACUAUCAGAAUAUCCCGUACUGCAAGCGGAGGAACGGAUACAAAGAGGUCACUACGCCUACUAAAGUGA